GAUCAACAGGCUCUCUCGCUCCUUAUCACCUUCAGUUUUCAUGCUUACUAAAAUGGCUCCCAACUCGCUGUCAGUCCGCUUGGAAGAAUCCUUUACCCGCAACGCCCUCAGAUCCUACUUGGCCGAGUUCAUCUCCACUUUCAUCUUCGUUUUUGCCGCUGUCGGAUCCGCUAUGUCUUCCAGGAAACUGAUGCCGGAUGCCACGUCUGAUCCAUCUAGUCUGCUUGUGGUUGCACUGGCAAAUGCGUUUGCAUUGUCGUCGGCAGUGUAUAUUGCUGCAGGGAUCUCGGGAGGACAUGUGAAUCCGGCUGUCACGUUCGGAUUGGCGGUGGGAGGCCACGUCAGCAUCCCCACUGCCAUGUUGUACUGGAUUUCACAGAUGCUGGGUGCCACCAUGGCUUGCCUGUUCCUGAGAGUCACCACUGUUGGUCAGCACGUUCCGACCCAUGCAAUAGCGGAGGAAAUGACCGGGUUCGGAGCAUCCGUAUUAGAGGGCGUCCUGACAUUCGCACUUGUGUACACGGUCUACGCUGCAGGUGACCCGAGGCGAGGCCCACUGGGAUCCAUCGGACCCCUUGCCAUCGGGCUAAUAGAGGGAGCCAAUGUGCUGGCGGCCGGGCCAUUCACGGGAGGGUCUAUGAACCCGGCAUCCUCAUUCGGGUCAGCCCUAGUUGGAGGCACCUUCAAGAACCAGGCGGUUUACUGGGUGGGACCCUUGAUUGGUGGCGCACUGGCUGGGCUGCUGUAUGAAAAUGUGGUUUUCCCUCCUCAAGACACUGCAAUUUCUCAAGUUGGGGUGUGA